AUACUCGUUCCCAGACUCGAGCCAUGGCAGAAGAGAAUACAGCUAGGUUUGAAAGGGUCGAAAGGGUACAGGAAGAGAUACAAGAAAGAGUGAUAGAAAUACAACAAAGAAUUGAAGCACAAAUGGCUGAAUUAAGACAACUGUUGAUUGGAUCAAUGAAAGGAAAAGGAGUCGCUGGUGUAUCUAGGACAGGAGAUGAGGUUAAUGUGGAAGAGCCAUUAUACCCUCCGGGAUUCACUCCACCUCAAGUUCAGAUUCAAGUUCCUCGGGGUAUACACAUACCACCACCAAGUGCGCAGCCGUACCCCUAUGUCAAUCAUUCUGCAAAUCAGCAGCCGACCCACUUGAAUGCCAAUUCGGGACCCAUCCCAGUCGAUCCCAUCAUGGUACCAAAUCUUGACGACCCUGUUGAGCAAGAGAAGUCUCACGAAAUGUCAGAACCUGUUAUAAAUUCAAAAAUUCAAGAUAAAUAUGACCAGCUUGAAGAGAGGCUUAAAGCGGUUGAAGGUAAUGACACUUAUGGGGUUAUUGACGCCAACGAGCUUAGCCUAGUGCCUGACUUGGUUAUCCCACCAAAAUUUAAGACCCCAGAUUUUGAAAAAUACGAUGGGACAAAGUGUCCAUCUGCUCAUAUCACCAUGUUUUGUAGAAAGAUGACGGGUUAUACCCAUAAUGACAAACUAUUGAUACACUAUUUUCAGGAUAGUUUGACUGGUUCAGCAGCUAAAUGGUACGUGCAAUUAGAUCGAAAUAAGAUCAGUUCAUGGAAAAACUUGGCCAAAGUUUUUCUUGCUCAGUAUAAGCACGUCUUGGAUACAGCCCCUGAUAGACUGUCAUUACAAAAUAUGGAGAAAAAGUUGACGGAAACCUUCAAAGAAUACGCACAUCGAUGGAGAGAUGCAGCAGCCCAAGUACAACCACCAUUGACUGAAAAAGAGAUAACCGUGCUAUUCGUCAAUACACUGAAGGCCCCGUAUUAUGACAGAUUGGUGGGAAAUGCCACGAAAAACUUCUCUGACAUGGUAAUUUCAGGGGAGAUGAUAGAAAAUGCUAUCAAAAGUGGUAAAAUUGAAGGGUCUGAAAAGAAGAUAGCUACAUUAAGGAAGAAAGAGCAGGAGGCACAUGUUGUCACUCACACAAAUCCCCCACACCAUCCUUUUGUUUCAUAUAACCCACACCCCCAUUACUACUCUACCAUAAACCAAAUCUCUCAACAACCAUACCAUUACCGAGCCCCCCAACAAUCGUUACCCAGAUCAAGUUUUAGCCCUCAACCAUCCAAUUACACCCCAGCACCUCCAGCUCGACCAUUUACUCGACCAACCUACCCAAACAGCAAUCAAAGAAACUCACAGAAUAAUAACAAUCGAGAAAGACCUCAUUUUGACCCAAUUCCCAUGACGUACACAGAUUUGUAUCCUCGACUUGUUGAAAAACAUCUGCUUGCUCCUGUUAUUAUUGAACCUUUGAAACCUCCGUUUCCCAAAUGGUAUGACCCCAAUGCACAUUGUGAUUAUCAUUAUGGGAAUCCAGGUCAUUCCACUGAGCAUUGUAUUGCUUUGAAGCAUAAAGUGCAGGGGUUAAUCAAUGAAGGAGUAUUAAAUUUUGAUACCAGCCAACAAGGGACUCCAAAUGUCAAUGGAAACCCUCUAAUUGAUGGGCAAACAAGUUACGUGAAAAGAAGAAUAGAAGAGGUCAAAACUCAUAUGGCUAAAGUGUUUGAAACCUUGGUCAAAGCUGACAUGCUGAAGUCGAUAGAACCUCAAAAUUACUCUGAAACGGUUAACUCAACUGAAAGCUGCCAUUAUCACAGAGGUGCUCUGGGGCAUUCUAUUGAAAACUGUCACCAAUUCCGUCAAGAAGUGCAAAAAUUGAUGGAUGAAGGUCGAAUAGAGUUUUACCAAGAGAGAGAAGAGUUGGUGAAAGUGUCUACCAUUGAUUCAAAGUAUAAGUUUGGACGUAGACCAGUAACUAUCUAUUAUGAUGAAAAGCCAACAUCGAAGCUAGAAAAACCUGUCUCUCGACCAGUGGUGACAAUUAAAGUUUCUGGCCCUUUUCCAUAUCAGAAUGAUAAAGCAGUACCUUGGAAGUACGAUUAUGAUGUCGUAGUCAACCCAGAUACUGCCAACAUAACGGGUGUAGGAGGCAUAACUCGAAGUGGGAGGUGUUAUACCCCAGAAGCUCUAGAAAAAGCUAGAAAGGAAAAAGCCAAGGUAGGAGAAGAAAAUGAAAGUCAUAGUGAUCUUGACACAACCCUAGAAAAAGAAUGGCAGAAGUCAGUAUCUGAAAGUGAAGCAGGUGAAUUUUUAAAGUUAAUAAAACAUAGCGAGUAUAGCGUGGUAGAACAGCUUAACAAGAUGCCAGCUAGAAUUUCGCUAUUGUCAUUAUUGCUCAGUUCAGAGUCACACCGUAAUGCUUUGCUGAAAGUGUUAAAUCAAGCAUAUGUGUCUCACAAUGCUUCUGUUGAAUAUGUGGAACAGCUUGUUGGCAAUCUGACGAUUUCAAACUAUAUCUCUUUCAGUGAUGAAGAGAUUCCUCCUGAAGGUAGAGGAAGUACCAGGGCUCUUCACAUUACUGUGAAAUGUAAAAGUCAUAUAAUGGCUAAAGUUUUGAUUGAUAAUGGCUCAUCCAUCAAUGUUAUACCUGCGACUACUCUGGCAAAACUCCCUGUUGAUGGAUCUUAUAUGAAACCUAGUCAUAUGAUAGUGAGAGCCUUUGAUGGAACCAGAAGAGAAGUGUUGGGAGAUAUAGAAGUGCCAUUACAGAUUGGCCCAUGUACUUUCAACGUGAAAUUUCAAGUUAUGGACAUCUCUCCUUCAUAUAGUUGUUUAUUGGGUAGACCGUGGAUCCAUAUGGCAGGUGCUGUCCCAUCCUCAUUACAUCAAAAAGUUAAAUUUAUUGUUGAAGGGAAGCUAACAUGUGUGGCAGGAGAAGAAGAUUUAUUGGUAACUCAACCGAUAAAUACUCCUUAUGUGGAAUCAGCAGAUGAAGCUUUAGAAUGUUCUUAUAGAUCUUUCGAGAUUGCCAAUGCAACAUAUAUAGCUGAAGGAUCUAAAUUAUAUUCACCACACUUAUCUGCGACUACUAAAAUGGUAGUCAAACAGCUUACCAAGAUGGGAUGGCGACCUGAAGUCGGACUUGGGAAGAACCUGCAAGGAAUUACGAAGCCAUCGGCCAUAUAUGAAAAGAGAGACAGGUUUGGCUUGGGAUAUAAGCCAACAAGAGGGGACAGAGUAAGAAUGAUGAAUGAGAAAAGAGAUAAGAGGAUAGCUAAUCUUAAGGGAUAUGAGCUGGAGUCAGAGCCGAUAGUCAUUCCUUACCUUUAUGAUUCUUUUCACUCGGGAGGAUACAUUUAUUCAGAUUUACCGAGAGCCCCAAGUGCAGGAUUCAUGGAAAAAUUUUCAGAGCUGGCCAUUCAAAUGGUGGAUGAUGGAGAAAAGAAGAGUCGAAGUGAAGAGCUAUUCGUGUACCCUUGUCCUUCAGAUUUUGAGUUGGAUAAUUGGAAAGUUACAGAGCUACCUGUUGCCUUUAAAACUUUGGAAAAGUACUUAGAAGAUGCAUCCGUAUUUUUUCUGUCAUUUUUAUCUUCGUUUUACCUUUCAUCCUUUUCUUUCCUACAUUUUCUUGCCAUUCCAUUUUUGUGUGCCAAUAUUCUCUCCAUAUUACCCUUUUGCAGGGUCUCAAACAAUGAACAUGAGGAUAAUCAUGGCAUUAAUCUCGGAUUUGAUUUUGAAAAUUUAAUUCAUGUUGAUGAACUUGAUAGUGAGGAAGAUUCAGAUAACUAUACACUGCCUCUUGAUUUGUUAAAAUUAAUAGAACAUGAAGAUAAGCCAAUUGAACCCCACCAAGAAAUUACUGAAUCAGUAAAUUUGGGAGAUGGUGAGAAUAAAAGAGAGGUCAAAGUUGGUACAUCUCUUUUACCAGCUGAAAGACAGAAGCUAGAAGAGCUGCUACGAGAAUAUGUAGAUGUGUUCGCAUGGACUUACCAGGAUAUGCCAGGACUCAGCACUGAUAUUGUAGAGCACAAGUUACCUUUAAAACCAGGAUGUAAGCCGAUGCAGCAAAAGCUAAGGCGCAUGAAACCAGAGAUGCUGCUGAAAAUUAAAGAGGAAGUGAAGAAACAAUUCGAUGCUGGAUUUUUAGAAGUGGCAAAAUAUCCUGAAUGGGUAGCCAACAUAGUGCCAGUUCCUAAGAAAGAUGGAAAAGUGAGAAUGUGUGUUGAUUAUCGAGAUUUGAAUAGAGCAAGCCCUAAGGAUAACUUUCCUUUACCUCACAUCGAUACUCUAGUGGAUAAUACUGCUAGGCACUCCACAUUUUCCUUUAUGGAUGGUUUCUCAGGCUAUAAUCAGAUCAAGAUGGCUCGAGAUGAUAUGGAGAAAACUACAUUUGUGACCAUGUGGGGAACAUUCUGUUACAAAGUCAUGCCUUUUGGGUUGAAAAAUGCUGGUGCUACUUAUCAAAGAGCAAUGGUGACUCUUUUUCAUGACAUGAUGCAUAAAGAGAUAGAAGUGUAUGUAGAUGAUAUGAUUGCAAAAUCUCGUGAAGGAAAGGAUCAUAUAGUCAGUCUCAAAAAGCUGUUCGACAGGUUGAGAAGGUUUCAGUUGAAGUUGAAUCCUGCCAAAUGUACAUUUGGAGCCAAAUCAGGAAAAUUAUUGGGCUUUGUAGUCAGUGAAAAAGGAAUUGAAGUUGAUCCAGAUAAGAUACAAGCCAUUCAAAACUUAUCUCCUCCUCAUACCUCAAAAGAAGUGCGAGGUUUCUUAGGGAGAUUAAAUUAUAUUGCUCGCUUCAUCUCUCAACUCACUUAUAAGUGUGAUCCUAUUUUUAAGCUUCUCAGAAAACAUGAUCCUGGAGAAUGGAAUGAUGAAUGCCAAGAAGCUUUUGAUAAGAUCAAAGAAUACUUGUCAAAUCCACCUGUGUUGGUGCCACCAAUGCCAGGAAAACCUUUGAUUUUGUACUUGACAGUGCAUGAAAAUUCAAUGGGAUGUGUGCUGGGGCAAAGAGAUGAAACUGAUAAGAAAGAACGAGCAAUUUACUACUUGAGCAAGAAGUUCACUGAUUAUGAGUCAAAGUAUUCACCAUUAGAGAAGAUGUGUUGUGCAUUAACCUGGACAGCUCGAAGGCUUAGACAAUACAUGCUUUAUCACACUACUUGGCUCAUAGCAAAGUUGGAUCCUAUUAAGUAUAUCUUCGAAAAGCCCUCAUUGACAGGAAGAAUAGCAAGAUGGCAAGUUAUGCUUUCAGAAUAUGAUAUCAUUUACGUGACUCAAAAAGCUAUUAAAGGGAGUGCAAUAGCUGAAUUCCUUGCUGAUCGUGCAGUCGAAGAUUAUGAGCCAAUGAAAUUAGAUUUUCCUGAUGAGGAUGUGAUGGCCAUUGAAGAAAAUAAACCUGUUGAAAAAUCAUGGAGGAUGUAUUUUGAUGGAGCUGCUAAUGCUUUGGGUCAUGGUAUUGGGGCAAUUUUGAUAUCUCCUGAUGGACACUAUUACCCCAUCACAGCCAGAUUGAAUUUUAAUUGCACAAACAAUGUGGCUGAAUAUGAGGCCUGUGUUAUGGGUUUACAAGCAGCAAUUGAAAAGAAGAUCAAAGUGUUAAAUGUGUUUGGAGAUUCAGCUUUAGUCAUCUAUCAGUUACGAGGUGAAUGGGAAACAAGAGACUCUAAGUUGAUUCGAUACCAUAAAUACAUCUCUGAGUUGGUCAAGCAAUUUAAAGAAGUUCAGUUUGAGCAUCUACCUAGAGAGGAAAACCAAAUUGCUGAUGCACUGGCUACUCUAGCUGCA